CGUAAAGCACCACGGUAAACGUCACCAAACGUCACAUUAUUCCUAGUGUUCUGGUUGUUCGCGUGUUCCGUUCUUAUACAAGUUUAACGCGACCGUCAAUUAAAAAACGUUUUUCAAAAAUGUUUAUUACGUGUCUCCGUUUCCGAACGAAAUAUAAAUGUGUUUGAGUCGAUUUAUGUCACGAAUUAUUUGAAAUUCGCCAAAAACUUUUAUUUAUUGGAGAAACCGUUCGGUGUGGUGAUUGAAGAAAAAAAAAGUUGUUUGAUUUGAAAGCGUCGGACGCCCACCUUUUUUUAUAUGGUAGGUUUUUUGCGUUUUGUUACAACCCUCCCCACAAGUAAAUAAAAUGAAAACGAAAAGAAUCGUCCGAAAAUCGACCACCAAAACCACUUCUAAAACCAUCAAAAAACCAACCGAUAUCAAACAAAAAGUAUUAAAGAUGCUUGCUGUAAUGGAAAAGCAACAAUCUGCUAGUUCGAGCAGCACUACUAGUGGAAGUAGUUCCACGGCGAUAUCUCCGGAAAACGGAGCUCACGCGAAGGAGUUUCUAUCUUCGGGUCGAACCGGACGUCGAAACGCGAUGCCAAAUAUACUCGGUGAACACGCGGUUGUGAGCAGCUCCGAUUUACCGGGUAGAUUACAAGCUUUGACGACGACUGAAAAACAAGAUGACGUCGAGAAAGAUGCAAAACCAGGACCGAGUUGUUCUAAAAGUUGAAUGGUUUUUGUGUUUGAACCAAGUUUUUGGGCGGAAAAAAAAUUUGUAUAAUGCCGAGAAUGGAUUGAGAUCGACCGGGUUGGAUUGAGGAAUGUCAAUUAAUUAACAAUUUAGAACGCCAAGAAAAAUAAAAUAAUCUAGUCCGCUUAGAUUAUAAAUUUUUGAUUAAGAAUCUCGUUUAAAUAAAUUUUAAUUCGUUUAUAAAGUUUAGAUCUGAUUUUUUUUUUGACUGAUUCAGUAAUUAAAUUUUUUUUAGAUGUAAAUUAGCCUAAAAGCAAAACGAAUGUUCUUGCCUGGUACAUUUUUAUUUUCGUUAUAACAGUUGAUUAGCAGUCAAUAAUACUUUAAUGUCUAUUAAUAGACAAACUUGGCUACCAAACAAAAUCGAAAUCAUCGCUCAUUAAAAUACAAAUGUGUAAACGUUUUGUUUAUUAUUAAAAAGCAAUAAAAAGAAUGAAGCAAAAACCUUUGUAAAUACCUAUUUAUCUAGAUGUGAUGUAUUAAUAGGUGUAUUUAUCUUUUUAUUUUGAUUCAAAAACGCAAAAAUAAAUUAUAUAUAACAUUAAUUGAUAUUAAAUUUGAGAAGUAUUAAUGGCCUAGUAAUGUAUAAUUAUUAUUUUUAUUGAUUCAACUUCGACUUUUUGUGAUAUUAGAAUCAAAAAGCCUAGUCAUUUGUAUUGCGUGAAUGUAUUUGUAUAAAUAAAAAUUUAAAAAGUCGGUUUUAAUUAA